CCCGCCCACCCAGCCCCUCCUCCCGCAGGGCCCCGCGGCCCCCUCUCCGGGCGCCCUGCCACCCGGAGAAGGGCGUUCGGUCCUCUCAGCGCCUUCUCCUCCCGCAGGCGCUUCGGACUCGGGGCUCGGACACCAUGAACCCCGACGGAGAUCCGCAGGAGCGCCCUGAGGGAGGAGCGGGGCGGACGCCUCAGGCGGAAGCAGCUUUGGAAGACGCUGCCCUCCACUUCUCCAGGGAGCAGUGGGCAGAGGUGGGAGACGGGGAGAAAGGCGGGUACCGGGACGUGAACGUGAAGAGGAACUCGGACGCGCUCAGCAGCCCAGGUCUCUGGGCCCACGACUCGCUUUCCUGUGUCACCGCCGCAGGCAGGCGGGCCACCGAGCUGCAGGAGGAGGACGACCCUGAGGACUCCGAUGAAGAAUGGGCCCCGAGGCAGCAAGUGAAACCCUGGGUGGCCUUCAGAAGGGAACAGAGUAAACACCAGAAGGCAACACCCCAGGUGCCAUUAAGCAAUGAAUCUAGUUUGAAGGAAUUGUCAGGAACAGCAAAUUUGAUGACUGCAAGUGACUCAGAACAUGCGCAGAAACCAGUGUCCCCUCCUGGAGAAGCAUGUCCCUUUGAAAAGCACACUAGACGAAAAUCGGAACUCAGGAGAACAGAGAUUGACAUGAAGAUGUACAGCCUACUAGAAAGAAAGGACUGUGGGUACCAAGAGGUCACUGGGCCCCAGGAUGAUGACUACCUUUAUUGUGAGAAGUGUCAGAACUUCUUCAUCGACAGCUGUGCUGUGCAUGGACCCCCUACAUUUGUAAAGGACAGUGCAGUGGACAAGGGGCAUCCCCACCACUCAGCCCUCACCCUGCCCCCUGGGUUGAGAAUCAGGCCAUCGGGCAUCCCUGAGGCUGGGCUUGGAGUGUGGAAUGAGGCAGCUGAUUUGCCUGAGGGUCUGCACUUUGGCCCUUAUGAAGGACACAUCACAGAAGAUGGAGAGGCAGCCAAGAGCAGAUACUCCUGGCUGAUCGCCAAAGGGAGAAACUGCUAUGAGUAUGUGGAUGGAAAGGACAGGUCCUGGGCCAACUGGAUGAGGUAUGUGAACUGUGCCCGGGAUGAUGAAGAGCAGAACCUGGUGGCCUUUCAAUACCAAAGGCAGAUUUUCUACCGAACCUGCCGGGUCAUCAGGUCGGGCUGUGAGCUACUGGUCUGGUUCGGGAUUGAAUAUGGCCAGGAGCUGGGCAGCAAGUGGGGCAGCAAGUGGAAGAGACAGCUCGAAGCCGAGAGAGCAGAACCAAAGCCAGAGGUCCACCCAUGUCCCUCCUGCUCUCUGGCCUUCUCCAGUCAGAAAUUCCUCAGCCAACACGUGAAAUUCAAUCAUUCCUCUCAGAUUCUCCUGGGAACAUCUGCAAGAAAACACCUCCAAGCAAAGGAACCCUGUCCAGAGGAUCAGAAUCAGCAGCAGCAACAUAGUAGUACACACAGCUGGAAUGAAAAAGCUGAAUGUCAAGAGGUCGAAGAAAGGUCCGAACUUUUGCUUAAAAGGAUCAGUCAGAGGAAAAUCUUAAGACCCUUUUUCCAACCUUCCAAAGAACCAAUGAGGAGCUCUAGUGAGCAUGAGAGAAUGAUGGAGGACGAGCCCUGUAGAGGCCAGAGGGAGAGUCCAGAGGACACAGGCAAGUUAUUUGUGAAAGUAGGAAUGUCGAGAAUUAUAACGAUCAAGUAUGGAAGGUGUUGGCAAGGCUUCAACGAUGAGUCACAUCUCAUUAGAGACCAGAGGACACACUCUGGGGAGAAGCCCUAUGUUUGCAGGGAAUGUGGGCGAGGCUUUACAUGCAAGUCAGUUCUCAUCACACACCAGAGGACGCACUCAGGGGAGAAGCCCUAUGAAUUUUGUCUCCAUACAAAUAUGAAGCCCGAGUCCCUCAUUCCGCCAUCACUGAAAGCAGAGAGUUCAGAAAGAGACACCAAGAACUCAUACUCUCAGCCACAGAAAUUCAGCUCCUACAAAUGGGAUCAGCAUUUCCUGGUGCACAGCACACAGAUUCCACAUCAGUCCAUAGUGGGUGUCAGUCUCAGCUCUGUCUUCUCCAGCUGUGUGACCUAA